AUGUCUAAGCAAUUGAUGGUUUGUUUGAUUCUGGUUGCGGUUUUGGUAGACCAAUUCAUGCAAAUUGAAGGUGGGCCAAACACUUCCAGAGCUGGUACCACAAUAAAGGUAGCACCAACAAGAGCAAACAGUAAAUCGAAAGAUGGCCGGACAGAUCUUCAUGACGCUGCUGUAAUAGGUAAUUUGGAGAAAGUUAGAAAAAUCAUCCAGAAAGGAGCCAAAGUUGAUUCGACAGACAAAGACAAAAGAAAGCCUCUUCAUUUGGCUGCUAUGUAUGGUCGCAAGACUGUCGUUGAAGAGCUCAUGAAGAAUGGAGCCAAUUUUGAUUCUUUAGAUCAAAAUAAUCAGACACCUCUUCAUUUGGCUACUGAGAAUGGUCAACUUGAUGUCGUUGAAAAGCUGAUCAUGAAAAAAGCCAACGUCAAUUUUAAAGACGCAAAUGGACAGACACCACUUCAUCUUGCGUUAGAGCAUGGUCACAAGGAUGUCGCUGAAAAAUUGAUCAGGGGUGGAGCCAAUGUUAAUUUGAGAGACAACAAUAAUCAGACACCUGCUGAAACUGCUGCUAAGAGUAAUGGUUACAUCAAUAUGACUGGAAGCAUGCUGAAGGGGGGUGCAACCACAACUUAUAACAUUUUUGCGCCGUCUCAGGUUAAAGGUGCAGUUGCUGUAACGAAAGGGUAA